AUGCAGCAAGCAGCAGUGCAAUCCCUCCGUCGGGCCGCCUCCACUCUCACCAAGGAAGCCGGCGACAUCAGCUCUGUCUUUCCUAGCCUGAGCGGCAAAACACCUGACCCACUGCCUCCUCGAUUUAGUGACUUGAAGAAGAGUCGUAUCGCCGGUAACGAGGAUGCGGUCAAAGCGUCAUGGCAUAGACUACUAUCCAGUCUUCGUCAAGAGAUCGAUGAGAUCAAGGCGAAAGGCAACAGUGUCAUCCCAAGCAUAGACUACGAGAAGGUCCGGACGGGGCAAGUCAGCCCACAAGAUCUUGAAGCUAUCCGUCAUCGAGGUCUAGCCGUCAUUAGGAAUGUCGUGCCUCGCCAAGAGGCUCUUGAUCUCAAGGCGCAAGCUCAGGAAUACAUCGAUGCCAACCAGCCCAAAGUGAGGGCUUUCCCAGCGGAUGAUCCUGCCGUCUACGAGCUCUACUGGACUCCUACCCAAGUCCAGGCACGCGGCCACCCCAACAUGCUCCAGACUCAGUCUUUCAUGAAUUCUCUCUGGCACUCCUCAAAUCGCGCCUCACAAAUCUCCACCACGUAUCCCCUCACUUACGCUGACCGCUUUCGAAUCCGCCGCCCAGGUGACGCCAAAUUCGCCUUAGGGCCUCAUACGGACGGAGGCAGCGUUGAGCGCUGGGAGGACCCCGAGUACUCCCGCGUCUACACAGAAAUCCUACGUGGCAACUGGGAAGCCUACGAUCCCUUCGAUGCCCACCACCGCAUAACUGCAACCAUGGACAUGUACAACGGCGGCGGCGCCUGCUCCAUGUUCCGGCUCUUCCAAGGCUGGCUCUCCAUGUCCUCCACCGGACCCGGCGAGGGGACUCUCAAAGUGUGCCCCUUCCUGAAACACGCCACCUCCUACCUCAUCCUCCGACCCUUCUUCAAUUUGGACACCAACGAGCUCAACCUCGACAACUCCUUUCCCAAUUCAAACCUCGGCGCCGCCCAGGAAUACGACCCCGUCACCCACCCCCACCUCGAGCUCGAGACCACCAUGAUCAACGUCCCCCACGUCGAGCCAGGCGACUACGUGGCCUGGCACUGCGACACCAUCCACGCCGUCGACAAGCAGCACCGCGGCACCAGCGACAGCAGCGUCCUCUACAUCCCCGCCUGCGCCAUCACCGCGCGCAACAUCGAUUCUCUGAAACAACAACGCGAUGCAGCCAUGAAGUACAGCCCGCCGCCAGACUUUCCCGGCGCGGGCGGCGAGGGUGAGCAGGGUUUCCACGGCGCGACGAAUUGGGACGCCGUCGCCUCGGAAGCGCAGAGGGCCAUGGGCUACGGCUCCUCGAAGUGGGCUGUGACGUCGGGGAUGAGCGAGGGCGAGCAAGCCGUUAUCGAAAGGGCCAACCGCACUCUGUUCGCUUGA